CUUCCUGCGGGCGGUGGUGGAGGUGGAGGAGGAGAGUGGAGGAGGGAGGAGGGGGGCGGGUGGGUGAGGCUGAUGCCGUGAUAAGUGGUUCAUUAGUGCAAGUUAAAUUAGACGGAAGCAGCCAUCAGCGGCGGUGGAGAGAGAGGGCGGGAGAGGGAGGGAGAGCGGGAGGGAGAGAUAGUGUUUAGCGGUGUCCUCUCGCCUCAUAAAGAAAUCCCGUUCUGCUCAAGCGACGUAAUGAGGAGGUGGAUGACAGGGCGCGCCGCUCCCCGCUGUAUAAUAAACACCUCUCGUUAGCUCGCCAUUCACAAUUUUCCGUCCAGAGACGCACAAUUACCGGGACGCCGCCGCCCGCCCACCCUCCAAUUAUGCCGUGAUCAGCUCCCAUCCCACUCUAUAAAAUUUGAGUUUGUGCGGCAUAUUGAAUGAAAACACUCCCCUCCCACCGACCCCUUGACGGCAACACCGCCCUGGUUAGCGCGGGGCCAAUCACGGCGCGGCAUUGAUCCCCAGCCGACCAAUGAAAGCGAGGCUUCCUGAGCCGAGGCUGCCCGGGGGCGGUUCCUUCGCGCCAUCGCUCAUGGAGGGCAUGUCGCUGGCUUUAGUGCGACCCGUUAGUGAAACUAUCCUUUAUUUCUUCAAUGUAAUGUUUCAGAUACUUGUAAUACGUCAGUGUGGGGUGGGAAGCGUACAACCUCUCGCAGGGCACACGUCGGGGAGGAAGGACGAAGAGAGGUGAGGGCCACGGCGCACUACGUCCGUCGGAAUGUGGCGAAAGAAAAUGAAAAGCCGUCCAGGCACUGCGGGAGCGGCUGUCAGAGGGGAGGCACUUGCCUAAUGGCAUCAUUUUCUGCGCCAAUUUGCUCACAAUUUGAAUAGAAAUUAAGUGUUUACGCACCCGCAUCAAAAUCUUUUGGUAUCUUACGUCACCACUUUGGUUAAGCCAAUGAGCGCGCUGCUCCACCAGAAACCCACCAAUCCCGACGCUGCCUGCUUGAAAAGAGAAGAUUUGCGGUAAUAUACAUUGAAUUGUUGGUGUUAUCGCCGACAUUUGACGUUAAGAUUGAUAUUGGGAUGUGUAAACAAGGCGGGAGGCCCACCUCACUCCUCCUCCCGCCCUGCCGCAGCCCGCAACGCCGCCACCAUCCAUCGUGCCCGCCCCGCCGCCGCCGCCCUCAGGAAGGACCUGCCUGAAGGGGGCCUCAGCGCAACCCGCCACGGCCCGCCACCAGCCCCGCGCCGCGCCUCUUGCGCUGUUCACUUGAUUCUUGGUGAGGUGUUGACCUAACGAGGCGGAGACGUGCGAGUGUGUGGACAGCGGCGGAGGCUGAGCAUAGGCCUCUUGUAGUCUCUUUAUAGCCUUGUGUGUGACUCUCGCGUGACCGCCGGCCCGCCGCCACAAGUGAUCCGAGUGUUCCUGACAGCGAAGAAAUGUGUAGCGUGACCUCACAGUAACAUCAUCUACUGUCCCUGGAGAAUAGUUCUUUGUGUCCUUCUGUGCCCGAAAGACCUCAAGUACGUCACCUCGCCAGCAAGAGACAAGGAACACAUCCAAAUUUCCCUUUCGACGUAUUUACCAAAAAGAGAAUAAGUGAUUCGCCGAGCAGGAAACGGGAAAAAAUAGACAUACCCGAAAAGGAGGCUGUAUGGAAGCCGAGUUCUUUACUUCAGCACACUCGAUGAAAAACGUGAAGAAUAACUAAAAACAAUCGCGAAAAGAAAGUCGUGAUGCUGCCAAAUUCAUGAAAAAGACAUCGACACUUGCCCGAACUGAAGACGAGUCGACCUUUUUGACGAUGCGGCCGCCAAGUUUGUGAAAAGAAGGAAACAAAGUGGUAUUCUGAAAGAGACACUGAGGAGGACGUUCUUUUUCCCUCAAACAAAACUACCGCAUAUCAGGGACAGAAAAGAAGCAUAUCCGACGGCUUUCCUGACAAUAAUAAAACCGUAAGCGAUUGAAAAUAAAAUACUGCGGACUUUAGUAGAUAUGUAAAGGAAGGAAGAAUGCGGAUCAAAUAGAGAAUGAAGAAUAUCCUAUGAAGAAAGAGAAAAAAAUAUAGAAAGAAGAUAAAGAAGGGAGGGUUCUUCCUAUACCUUAAAAAAGCAAAAUGGGGCCAAAAGGACGGUCCAGGUAGGAGAGAGAAACAUUACACUGAAAAGAAAGUUAUGUAUUACGCAGGAACGAUACAGAACUGAGACACUGCGGAGAAGAAAAGGAAAUAAAGACAAUAAAAAAGACAGCUACGAAAUUGCCGAUAAAUUUGAAGCGGGAGAAAGGAAAGAAAAGGAAACGGACAAAAAAGAUAUUGGUAGUAGUAGACGAGAAACUGAAAAUAAGACGGAGAUUAAAAGAAUAGAAAGCAAGUGAAAGAAGACAGCCGAAAAUAAUACGACGGACAAACAAACAAACAAAAAAAAAAGUAAAGGAAAAAAAGUGAAAGACAUAAUUAGAAUAUCAAAAAGAAAAAUAUAAUAAUACGACGGUCAUAAAAAAAAAGAAAUAGAAGAACGAAAGAGUAAAGAAAAAAAACUAAAAUACAAAAAGGUUAAAAAAACUAAAGGAAAGCGAGAGACAACGACGAGACGAAGAAAAUAAAUAAGAAAACGAAAAUAACUGCAUAAACGACAAGAAACGACAGCAGGGAAACACGACAAACCAACACAACAAAAUGAGCAGCAAGUCCUUCUUAAUCCGGGACCUUUUGGGAGACGUUCUGGUGGGCGGGGGUCAACGUCUCGCCCACCCAGACACGACGAGAUACAGCCCGCCACGACCCACCUCGCCGCCCACCACCACCUCCACCACCACCACCACCACCGCCGCCGAUCAGCACCACACCCUCCACCAUCAUCACCAUCAGCGCCACUCCCGCCCCGGCACGCCCGACGCCGCCGCCCCUUCGCCGCCUACCGCCGCUGCCCACCGCCACCCGUCGCCGCAGUCGCCCAGCAAUAGACACGCCAAGACAGACGACGAUGCUUCAGACCCCGAGACACGCCCAUCACCCACGCCCACACCCCCGCCCACGCUGCUGCUGUGUCCUGGGGUGCUGGGCAGAGGCGGGGUCACUAGCCCUAUCACCGCCCACUCCACGCCCACGACUGUCUUCUCGCCCACCCUACCGCGCCCGCCCACCAGCCCCGCCGCCUCUCGCACGCCUUCGCCCGGCACGGAGGAACAGCAUGAGGAGGAGGGGCUCGUCGACGCUUGUGAUGAGGACGGAAACACGACGGUAGGCGGCGAGGCAGGCGUUGGUGGAGGGAAGAGAGACCCGCUGGGAGACAAGAGCAAGAAGCCCCGCCGCCGCCGCACCGCCUUCACGCACGCCCAGCUGGCUUACCUGGAGAGGAAGUUCCGCGUGCAGAAGUACCUGAGCGUGGCCGACCGAUCUGACGUGGCCGAGGCGCUCAACCUGUCCGAGACGCAGGUGAAGACGUGGUACCAGAAUCGCAGAACGAAAUGGAAGCGACAGAACCAGAUGCGGCUUGAACAGCUGCGUCAGAGCGUGGGCGUGGGUGUGGGGGUGGAAAAGGACCUCUUGGCGGGGGGCGAAAGGAGCUCCCCCGGUGACCCCCUCUCCGUCGUGUCCCCCACCUGCUGCCCCCCCUACUUCCUCCCCCCCACCGUCGACCGUUCCUGCUUCAUCACCACAGCAGGACUCUUCACCCGCCUCCCCUACUCCCCUUCCUGCUCCUUGUGACCUCUUCCUGACCUCCCAUGACCUCUGACCUCGCUUCCCUACUCCUCCUCCUCUUUAUGACCUUAAGUUAAGUGACCCCUUCUCUCACUCUUGAUUCUCUUUUCCCUAUUUUCCUGAUUACUACAAUUUCCUCGUUCUUCUCCUCUCCCUAUUUAAAACAUGAAACUAUUGCCCUAUUUUCUCUCCCUUUCCUUCUUGGCCUCUUUACUCUUCCUCCUAUUUUCAUGAUUACUAUAUAGCGUUUCCUUGUCCUUCUCCUCCUUUUUAACCCGGUAGCAGAGCGGGGAUCAUGUUUCUUAAUGGUCCCUCCAAGCGAGAAAAAUGAGAAAAAAUCACCCCUCACACAAACCAUUUCAUAAUAUAUAUCAAAGCAUUUGUGAUCGGAUUAUGUAUCAUCUAUUUUUGGGGCUUUAUAUCAUGGCACAAAUUUGGCCCGUUGCUGUUACAUGGUAAAGCCACAAAUUUGGCCAGUCGCUGCUACCGGGUUAAGACACAAUGUAGUACUAUAUUAUAUGUCGUCUUCCCUUUCUUUGUGUCCCUCUUACUCCUUAUUUUCCUAUUUUCCUGAUAUUACCAUUUCCUCAGUCUUAUUCUCUUCCUAUUCCAGACAUGAAACUAUUGCCUCAUUUUCUCUCCUUUUCCUUUUCUUUCUGGUUCUUUCUUUUCCUCAUCCUUUCUCUCCACACCCCAUUUCCAUUCAGCCUAUAUAUCUUUUUUUUCCCUUUUCCCUCUCAUGUAAUCCUCCAUUGUGUACAAUAACCUCCUCCACGAUCAAUCUAAUUACCUCCUAACUUAUGUCAUGAUCAUCAAAUUGUGUUCUUUCCCUAGCAACACUCUCCACUGUUAUUUUGUACAUAUAUAAGUCUGUGUGUGUGUGUGUGUGUGUGUGUGUGUGUGUGUGUGUGUGUGUUGGAUAUUUAUGUGUAUUAUCUGUAGAUUUCUUUGUUGUACAUAUAUCCGUGACAGUAAGUGAUGGUGAGGAUUAAUUUAUGUGGUAGAUUUAAUUGCUUUGGGUUAUUGGAUAAGCGAUCAAUGUCCGUGUACAAAUGAAACUGAGGAGGCAAUCAUGAGCCACAAGAAAAUGACACACUGCAAAACACAAUUAGUAAGGUACAGAAUAUCACAUCACCUUGCUGCCAAAGAUAAGUCAAGUAAAUCAGUUAAUGACAAGGUAAAAAUAAUUAUGUAAAAAUAAAUCAUGACAUUACAGUAUGAUCAGAGAAAACAGCGAUUAAACUAUCACUGAAAGUUUAACACCCUGAGGCAGACGUCUUGGUAAGUCUCGUGAAGUCGUGUAAAUACAUCAGACUCAACAAAAUAAGUAAUAAUCACACACUCAAUACAUGUUUUCUGGGUGGGAGGGUUGCUAUGAUGCACUCCAAGAACUAACACACCAAACAUUGUACUGAAAUAUUAGAGUUCAGAGUCCAUUAUGUACUGAUUCACAAGGCUGGAGUGGCAAGCAGUGUAUACCAGUAAAAUCUAACCUGUAUAAACUUGAGUGGUCCUCCUCCUCCGCCUUCUUCAAAUAUGUCACUAGCAAGAUAAAUACAUGACCUCCUCUUUCUCCUAUUUUGUGACUGAUAAAUAUUUGAGAGGAAAGAGCAUAUGCAUGGUUGAUGGGUAAAGGGAGGAGGAGAUAAGGGUCAAGCUAAUGGCAUGGUUCAAAUUCAUGUAACUGAUGAAUACUUGAGAAGAGCAGAGAUGACGACUGGUGGCUAGCCAGAAAAAUUAACUUGAACUGUAAUGGUUUGGGAUUUAGAUAAGGACUAUGGAAGCCCUGUCAUGGGAUACCCUUCAACUUAAUGCUAGAAUAUCUGCCUUGCAUGUUGGAGGCAUAGGUUUGAAUCCCAGCCUCAUCUUGAUUGGAAUGAGAGAAAAAGAAGUACCAUAUAACUGGUUAGUGGGUCUCAGGAGCCAGGGUUUGUGUGGGUUAUAGCAGCAUGAAUGACUUUGGUGUCUGAGGAAACUUUCUAGUCAAGGAGUUGAGGGUCUGAGGACGAGGAGAAGGAGUUGGAGGACGGGGAGGAGGAGGAGAAGUGUGAGAAGAAAAUAUGUAUCUGAAAAAAGGAUGAGAGAUACGGAAGAGAAUGUAAACUAGGAAGAAAAAAAGAGGAAGAGGAGGAGGGCUUUAAAUAUGGCCUGUCUGCCUUCAUUCAGGCCAAAACAUUUUUCUUACUUGUACAUAUUUGUAGAGAUGAAGUAGAAUGUAAAUAAAAAUAAAUGUGGUUGUGAUAGCUGGGAUUUCAAUUGAGAAACCUUUUAUGGAUGAAAAAAUAUCUGGUUAAUAAAGCAACACUAAAUAUUUUCACAAACAUUAAUAAAUGCUAUGCCACUGUUUUCUAUAUUGAUCUAAACACUGAGAUGAGAGUGAAACACAGGUUAUACUUUAAAGGAACUCCUACAUGAUGUAACCACUUCAUUAUCAUCUCAAAGAUAAUGCAAUUAAAAUAAAACAUCAAAUGUCACUUAAUAUUUUCAGGGAUAACAUAAAAAUAACCACAUAAACUGACCCACAUCAAAAAAUACCCUCAUCAUUCACACUUUGGUCUACAUCAUAAGUUGAUUCUCCUCUGAAACUGGCUAUGAAACCUGUAGAAAAACUAGGUGUGGUUACCUGGAUAAUGCUGCAGCUUACUUACAAAUGUCCACAGCCACCUACUCAUCACCCCAGCCACCAAUGAUGUGGAGUUGGACCGGCUGUGCACUUACUCUCCUUGCUCAGGUGUGAGUUGUGUCCUGUGAGUUCCUUUAACUCUUACAGAACAGGUGUUUGAUUGAAGUGUUUUCUCCAACAAUAAGACAAAGGUGGUACAAAUCAAGCCUUCAUUUCAUUAUUUGUCCACAUAAAUAUAACAAUUGCAUAUAUAUGUCUGACAACCAUACACAACCACUCAAUUAAAACUCUUACACAUACGUGGAUAAGUGUGCAUAAUUAUAUACACAAACCUAUUGAACUAAGAUACAUACAUAAACAUACAUACAGGAUUUAUGUACAUACACAAUAAGAAAACUUAAAAGUGCUUAGGUAUAUAUAUGACUAUAAUCAUUCUUAUUUCAACCCAGAAAAGUUCUCUAUAAGCCCUAAGGAUGGACUGCAGCGCAUUGACCCGAGAAUGAGUUUGAAAUGUUCUCUCAAGAAAACUCAGGAAGAAGACUUGCUCAAUAUAAUUCCUAAUUCAAUCAGAGGAAAUAAGGUUCCAGUAGGGCUUAUGAAAGGCCUUUUGGUGGCUGAAAAAAUACACAAUGACAGAUUUCAUCUGACAUCAAUUACUAUUAGUGGUGAAAUUGUAUGGCUCUGGCACUUAUACAAAACUGGCAAGUUGUUGUGAAUGAUGAGAAAGGAACAAAGGAAAAAUAGAAGGGAAGAAUGAAAGAAGAAAAUAUGAUUGCAAUAAUGUUGCAUAAUUGACAAGAGGAAAAAAAAAAGUUGCUUUUAUUAAUGAAGAAAACUUAGGACUGUUCUUCCCACCUCCUUAAAUCAAAUGACUAGAUGAAAAGAUCAUCAUUUGUAGUACUGGCAAUAUGAAUGUUGACAAUCAGUAAUAAUGGCUAUUUCAUUAUAAUUAUUAAAUUAAUUAAAUCAAAAAAAUAAUGAAAAUAGUAAUGAUAAUAAUUCUAUAAUGCUAUUAAUAAUCAUAAAGAUGAAAAUUAUAAUACAAAAAACUUCAUUUCUUGCUCUAAACAAGCAAGAGCUGGCCACAGACUCAUGAAAGAGGAAAUUACAAGAAAAGUCACAGUGAAAUUGAGAAAUAUUCCUCCAUAGGAGAAUAUGUGACAAUAAUCAUUCUCUCAUACACACACUCACCCACACAUGCAUGCACACACACACACACACACACACACACACACACACACACACACACACAUGCAUGCACAC